UCCGUCUUCUUUUCGAGAUUUUGUGUUUGAAUCUCUGCUUAUUUUUAUGAUUGAACAAAUCAUAGGGGUAUCUCAUCGGCUAAUAGUAUUCUACAGCGAAAAGAACAUAAUGUUAGUGUCAGGGAUAUGUAAACGCUGCUUGUCUGCGCUAGGAGUGCGACAGUCUUCAAACUUUGCACGUAAGAAGGUGUACAAGGACGUAUCUGUAAGCUCACUAUCCGGGUCUAACGAGUUUUCAGUUCGGCUAGAUGAGCGGCCACUGAGAACCCCGCUGGGCCAUGACGUCAUAGUGCCAUCAGAGAUGGCUGCCAAUGCCGUGGCACGGGAGUGGAGUGUGCAAGACGACGAAAUCAAGCCGCACACCAUGCCCCUGACCCAGCUUGUCAACCUAGCUAUUGAUCAGCCGACAAAGCGAACCGAUCAGGAGAUCGCUGCAGACAUUCUAGCGUACCUAGAGACGGAUACUCUGAGAUGUCGGGUGGAGUUUCCCGAUGAGCUUGUGGCGCUGCAGACGAAGAAGUGGGAUCCGAUUCUGAAGUGGCUUGAAGACAGGUUUCAAGUUCAAGUACCAAGCAGCGACAACAUCUUUGACAUCGCUCUGCCCGAGAACACAGUGUCAACCAUUGCAGAGCACUUGGUCAAUUUGAACAAGUGGUCACGAACAAGUCUGGAGAGUGCCACCACCAGCAGCAAGUCCUUUGCUACGGCUGCGGCUCUUCUAGAUGGUCAUGUUGAUGUAGACGAGGCCAUCGCUAUCUCCCAGCUUGAAAACACAUUUCAGAUUGACAGAUGGGGCAAUGUGGAAUGGGCACACCAGUAUGACUUGGUUGCAUUGAAGUCAUCAUUGGCAUCUGCAUAUCUUGUGCAUACGUGGUGCGGAAAGCUACCCGAUUGCCCUGCAAGAUGACGAUUCCUGUGUUCUAUGAACAGUGCAGUGAGAGUAGGUGAAUGAGGCUGCAUCAAGUACUUCACGCUUCACCUGCUACCUGGAGAUACGCACAAUUGUUCAACCAUUCACGAAUGCCGCUGUGCCACGCAACCCUUCCUACGCGUAUCUCGUACUUGUUCUGGGUUGGCAUCAACAGGGAUAUUCCCUGGCCUGAAUAGUGUCAUGCGAAGCCUGUACCACUCUUGACCAACGGGCACGCUUCAUGUUUCUGGUGCCAAUGACUAGCCCAAGGGGAUAUCAUCCGCGUGCUUGGUACCAAUAUGUCAACCAGGUUCCCUCCAACAAUCCGUGGACUAGCUAUGGCUAGUACACAAUGCGUCGUCUUAUGACCAUCUUCGCGUUACCACGGUGUUGUAAUUCUGACGCCUAGUUCCCUUGGGAGUAGUUGUGCUCUCAAUCUCCCUCACUCCAUGUGGGGUGGCUUGAGACAUUUUUUUUUAUAAAUUUCGUUUACUCAAUCUCUGGAAAUUUAGUUCGAUACUUUGCAACAUUUCUUUUCUUCUGUUUUAUUCCCAUUGGCAGACCACGAUUGUCGCUGAUUGUCCAGCACCGGUGCUGCAAUCUAGUCAUUACUAGGUUUGGUUUUAGUGAUUGCCGAUUGAAAGACUGGACAGUUACAGUAGGGCAAACAAUGAUUGUACUUCGAAAGCGAUACCAUGAAUACUUGCUUGGA